AUGGAAACAGGAACUAAUCAACCGGUCGACAAGGAACCGAACCCAGAUUUGAACGGAAAUGAAGCUGUAGGCGGGCCGAUUCAGGAUAAUGGAGGGCCGGUUACUGAAGUUAUUGACAGUAGUGGGGUUGCUGAAGGUUAUCGGAGACAAGCUGGUACUGUUGGAGGGCAACAAGGUCUGGCUAGUCAAGGAGAAGGUCAAGAAGGUAAGGAAGCAAUAUGGUUUUUUGGUUGGGUAGGGUAUGGUAGUGGAGAGUAGAGUAGGAUAGAGCAAGGUAGGAUAGGGUACGGUACGUUAGUGUAAGUUAGGGUAGAGUAGUUUAAGGUAGGUUAUCUUACUGUAAAAUAAAACUGGUUUUUGACUUUUACUGUAUCUACCGUACCUAAAAACAUUAAGAAUAACUUUUCCAGCCCAAUUCCCCCAACCUCAGCCAGAAGUUCCACCACCCUCUCAACUAGCACCAUUAGCACCAUCAAUGGAAGUUCAAGCCGCUGCCAAAGCUGUGCCAAACUUUAUGCGACCAUUGGAACGUCGUCAACGCAAACCGGCCGAAAAUAAUGAUAAUGUGCCAAGUUACAUGCGACCCACCAAACGUACGACUCAGAACGGUCAAUCUAAUCAGGCUAAGCCUCAAAAUGUCAACAAAGUGGCUCCUCAACAACCGGCAACACUUGUACAGCCGCAAGGUUAUAAUGGGCCAAAUGGUACUAAUGGUGCAGGUUAUGGUACUGUUGGUGGAGGCUACGCCACUAAUGGAAGCUAUGGUUCUAAUAAUGGUGGAGGAUUCGGCACCAAUGGUAAGACUGACAAUGAUACUAGUAGUAGUAAUAAUUUAGGUUAUGGGACUAAUGGUACUACAAAUGGAGGAAACUAUGGUACUAAUGGAACGACCAAUCCUACGGCUUAUAAUACUACCAAUCUUAGUCCAUAUGGCACUAACAAUACGGCAGGAUUUCCAUCUAAUGGUACUAAUGGUUACAAUAGCACUAAUCAAUAUGGUGCAAAUUCUGCAUUACCCCCUAUUCUAACUCAAACCCAAAAUUUUCAACCAAAUUUCAAGCCGGAAGGCAAACAAAACGGAGGACUAAAAGCGACUGUUAAUGAAAAUACUAAAUCUAAUGGCAUUAUGGGAUCAAAACCUUCAUUGUUGUCCAAAAUUAAGGUAGGUUAUAGUUUUUUUUUUUGAUUUUUUAUCAAGAAAAAUUUAAAAAUAUUGACAAUUUUUAUUUAAAUUGGUUUUAAAAGCUUGAAUUAGCUAUAAUAGUUUAGUUUACACAAUUAAUUUUUUAAUUUUUUUGUUUUACCAGUCAUAACUGACUGUAGAUUCUUUAUGUAAGAGUCUAAAAAGUAUUGUCGUUUUUUAUUGCACAAGUCUAUCUAAAUUGGCGACAAGAAUUUUAUGUCAACCUAGAAAUGAUUUUUUUUAUUUUACUUUAAAACUGACUGUCAAUUUCGAAAAAUUUUAAAAAAUGUCAUGUUUAACGAAAGUAUUAUCUAAAAAAUUAUAAAACUUACAAAUCAGAUAGGUAUGAUAAGGUAAUUCCACCAAACAGGUCUCCAACAAAAAAUAUACUAGCUGACCAUUCAACUGAUAACCAGGAUUUGUCGUGGAUGAAAAACUGAAAUUUUAAAUUUGAGAAAUAAAAUUUUUAGUUUCGAAAAAAUUUUACUUAACAUUAAAAUUUAAAAAAAAAUUUUUUUUGACCGUUAUUUUAGUUUAGUUUAAAAGAUGUCUUAAAGGUCUUGUUGUCAAUUUACGUUCGCUUGCGCGAUAGAAAAAAGACUUUUGAGAGCCCAUUGGCUUUACUAUGAUGUAAUUAUGGAAUAACAGUCUUUAACAUUCAACGUACUGCUGUAACUUACAUGAUCCUCAAUAGUAUUAAUCCUCCACCGUUCUUUCUCACACGUAUAGUCGUCGUGGUCACAAGUGAAGCCACGUUCAUAGAAAACAGAACACAUGACUGACAUGAUCCCCAGUCCCCAAAAUAGACCCAUCGAUAGUACUAUGAACAUCACAUAGCGGUUUGUUAUACCUAUAAUGAGGUUUUUAGGUUUUAAGAUAUUAAAAUAUAUCAGAAUGUCAACUACAAAAGCUUUGGCUCUAGGCCUAACGUUAGCUCCAGUUUAUAAAGAUACAAAAUCUUUACUUAGUAGACAUGUUCUCUUACCAAUAUCCAGUAAAACUCCAUCGGCAGCGCUAAAAUCAUCGUCGGCUUGAAUUGCCAAUUCAGACGUGAGGCUGAUUCGCCCUGACGGUGCCAAUGACACCUUGUGGCCAGUCGCUGUCACAAAACUAUGCUUCUUUUCUCUCAUUGUAAGAAACUUUUCAAAGAAACAAAAAAAAAUGACUUGCGAAUUUUUUCUUUUCGAAACUAGGGCUAAUUUUAGUUGCGCAACGCUUACUUUGACUGGAAUUAUACUUGAGACGUCGAGGAAUUAGCACACGUUCUUUGGUUGAAACUGCGAGAGAAUGACUUAAAGCUCUAGCCUAGUUAUGCUAUUAGUAUAAACUGCAAAACAGUAACAAAAUAAGUAAGAAGGCAAACAAUUUAAAGAACUGUGUGUCCAAAUUUUAAAAAUUACUGUAGCUCUAUUUCUAGCCCUAUCCCUAGCUGGACGUAGGGAACGCACUGGGCUUGAAAAGUGGGCAUUUUUGAUCACGCGGGGCUGGGCCGACCCCUCAACUGAGAAACGGGCCGAGCUUGAAAAAUAAGCCCGGUCCAAUUUUUAUUUCUAGCUUUACCUCUAACCCUAUCCCGAGCUCUAGCCCUACCUCAUCAUGUGUAGCCUUAGUCCGAAGCUUAGCUACAGUUUUUUUUCUAACUCUAGCCGCACAUCCCUAUUCCUAAGAAAAUUUUAGUCUUAUUUAACUGUAGCCAGAGCGCUAGUGUUAGAACUUAGCUUUUUUAUUACUCUAGCUUUAGCCCUGGUCUUAACUUUACUCUAGCGCUAGCAAGAGCUUUAAUUCGCGCUUUUUAGUUUUAAGGUUUUAUAUAGAAUACUUUUUAAAUUUUCAAGUUUUUUUUUGUAUUAUACUUUGCUAAUGAGAUUAGAUGACAACACUGUUUCUAUUAUUGUUGUCAAAUCAAUUACGUUUUGGCCAACCGGGCGAUUAAUCAAAAUGGAGCUGGAUAUGCUCAAAAAUUCGUCAGCUUUUUGAGUGGGAUCAUUUAUUGGCUUUCGCCUCAAACUGAAAAGUGAACUUCAAACAGUUGCCUUGGGGCAUUAUCUCUUCGGAAUUUCUUUUAUUCUGUUUUUUAUGAGACUUUGUGUUCAACACGGACUUUUUUGUUGGGUGAUGAGUAAUUCGCAAGAUUUAGGCUUGUCAUUUCGGAUGCUUGUUAGUUGAUAAUUUGUAGGCAUGGAUUUUUAAAUGGAUUUAAAAUUUUUGAUUGGGUGUGUAAAAGUGGCGGGGAGAAAAUUGUUUACUAUUGAAGAAGAGGAGGCGGAGGGCAUUACUAAGGAGAAACGGCGUUUGAUUAUGGCAGGGCAAGAAAAGAAAAAAACCAAAAGUAGUGUUAUAGGGUAGGGUACAACAGGGCAGAAUACGGUAGGUAUGAGUGCGGUACGGUAGGUUGAGUUAAAGUUGAUUACGAGAGGGUAGGAUUAAAGUGCAGUAGCGAAAGGUAGAGCAGGUAGUAUGACAGGGUAGUGUAAAGCAAGGCUAUGAAAAGGGUAGGGCAAGUGUAGAGCAAGGGCAGAGUAACAGUAAGACAAGAGUAGAACAAGGGUAAGGCAAGGGUCAAAUAGGGUAGGGCAGGGUAGGAUAGGGUAGGGUCGGGUAGGGUAGGGUAGGGUAGGGUAGGGUAGGGUAGGGUAGGGUAGGGUAGGGUAGGGUAGGCUAGAGUAGGGUAGGGUAGGGUAGGGUAGGGUAGGGUAGGGUAGUUAAAAGUAGGGUAGGGUAGAGUAGGGUAGUAGGUUAGGGAGCUUAGGGUACCGUAGAGCAAAUGUAACUAAAGGUAGGGCUCUUAACUCAAUGAAAAAAAAGUAAAUUUUGUAAAAUACGAUUUACGUUUGUUAUUUGGUUUUAUAUUAACGUUAGAUAUGUCAAUAUUAACAUUGACUAAUUUUUACAAAAAGUUACAUUUUUAAUUCCAGAACAUGCCAAAGUACCAGCUCAAGUACCUCAACUUGAGAGGUAAAGCUGAGCCCAUCAGACUUGUCUUGAACUUUGUUCAAGAGCCCUUUGAAGACCACAGAGAGAACUUUUUGGAAUAUUCAAAGAGAAAGGACAGUAAGCUUGUAAAAUACGAUAAAUUUUCAUAAAAAGUGCAAUUUUAAGUUUAAACUUUUCAGAACAUCCCCUACCCCGCCUGCCGAAGCUGGUCCUAGAUGGCAAAACAGACAUCAUCUUCACCACAUGUAUAUUAAGUUACCUUGGCCGAAAAUACGGCUUAGAACCGGAUUCCAAUGAAGAGAAAACAGUGGCUGAAAUUCUGGGACAAAGACUGAAUGAGUAUCAUAAUGAACUAAAACCAUGGGUCUACUGUUUAAUGGGCAUUACUCCUCCUGAACGGGUAUGUUUACUAUUUUAAAAGAUUUAUUAAUAAAAAAUGUAAAUUAUCUUAAAUUCUUAUUAGAGGCGCCAACAAAACGAAAAAAAAGUCUUGGAAGGGGUAAUUUUUUAGGGAUGGGGGAAUGAGCUGAGAUGGCUUGUGUUUGUUAAUUUUUUAACCCUCCCUCUCAAAAUUUGUUACCUAAAACCCUCUUUCAGCUCGAUGAACUCACUGAUACUGUUUUUGUUACGGUCGCACUGAAAGACUUCGCUCCGGUGUUCGAAAAACAACUCGAAACCAAUAAUACUGGUUAUUUGUUGGGUGAUAAGGUGGGUCAAUACCUGGUUUAUUAUUGCUAUUUUGUCUUUUUUUCUCAAGUUAUAACAAGAAAGAAAAAGUCUAUAUUUUAAGUAUACUAGGCUUAAAAGAGGGCUCACGAGGCCCGGCCGAGGGUCUCGUGAGCCUUGUACCAUAGGUUUCAGAGCGGACGCUUAAACCAAAGCCCGGCCCUUGGGUCAAGCCUAAAAAGUUGGCCCAGUCCGGCAUUGGUACAAUUAAAUCGUAAACAAAAAAGUCUUGUCGUUAAUUUACACUAACAAGGGAAAGGCAAAUAGGGGGGUAUCGGACCUAAAACGGAGACCUAUAUCAUUUGAAAAAGCGUGAAAAGUUAUGUAGAAAUUAAAAAUUUUAGCGGCCCAAAGUCAUACACUAAAAAGUUACAGUAAUUCAAAGUUUACAGGCAAAACUUUGAAUUACUGUAACUUUUUAGUAUAUGACUUUAGGCCGCUAAAAAUUUUAAUUUUUACAUAACUUUACACGCUCUUUCAAAUGAUAUAGGUCUCAGUUCUAGGUCCAAUACCCCCAUAUUUGCCUUUCCCUUGUAAUUGGCAUGGUACAAAACGACAAAACUUUUUUGAAUUUUUAUUUUAAUAACUGUUUCUAGAAAGAUAUGGCUAUUUCAAUGUUGCCUAUAACAAAAACCCAAAUAGAAAACCUUUAUUUGAAAUUAAAAUUUCUAGUUGACCUGGAUCGACUUUUACUGUGCCGCCUUCAUGGACAAUGGCUUAACGUACGGUCCGACGGAGAAAUUCGAAAAAUUCCGCAGAUUGAAUUACCACCGUAAUGCAGUUUACUCAUUGCCACAACUUCAAGAAUACCUACGAAACCGGCCUGAUACUCAUUAUUAA